AUGAAACUUUCUAUCAAUAUCCCAUUUAUGUCAUCAUCAUCAUCAUCAUCAUCAUCAUCAUCAUCAUCAUCAUCAUCAUCAUCAUCAUCAUCAUCAUCAUCAUCAUCAUCAUCAUCAUCAUCAUCAUCAUCAUCAUCAUCAUCAUCAUCAUCAUCAUCAUCAUCAUCAUCAUCAUCAUCAUCAUCAUCAUCAUCAUCAUCAUCAUCAUCAUCAUCAUCAUCAUCAUCAUCAUCAUCAUCAUCAUCAUCAUCAUCAUCAUCAUCAUCAUCAUCAUCAUCAUCAUCAUCAUCAUCAUCAUCAUCAUCAUCAUAA